AUGUUUCUCCGCAAGAAGAGCUCGCUGACGUCCAACAUCCUGGGCCGGCCGCCGGCUGACAUCCGCGACAAGUUUCUGAUGGGGAAGGAGCUGGGCAAGGGGCAGUUCGGCGUGACUUACCUGUGCACGGACAAGGUCACGGGCGAGCAGCUCGCGUGCAAGUCGCUCGCCAAGCGACGGAUUGGGUCCAAAGAAGAGGUUGAGGAUAUCAGGAAGGAGAUCGCCAUCAUGCACCAUCUGGGCGGCCACCCGCACAUCGUGCAGCUGCGAGGCGCCUUCGAGGACAAGCACAACGUGCACAUCGUCAUGGAGCUCUGCGCGGGCGGCGAACUCUUCGACCGCAUCGCCGCCCGGGGCCACUACAGCGAGCGGGCGGCAUCAUCCCUCUUCAAGACCAUGAUGGGGGUGGUCGACCACUGCCACCAGAACAACGUGAUUCACCGGGACUUAAAGCCCGAGAAUUUUCUUCUCGCGGAUCGGAGGGAGGAUGCGCCGCUGAAGGUGGCGGAUUUCGGGCUGUCGUCGUUUUACAAGGAGGGGGAGGUGUUUACUGAGACGGUGGGGAGUGCGUUCUAUGUGGCGCCCGAGGUGCUCAAGGGGAAGUAUGAGAAGGCGUGUGACGUGUGGAGCUGCGGAGUCAUUCUCUACAUCCUGCUCAGUGGCACCCCGCCCUUCUGGGGAGACACGGAGAAGCAGAUCUUCCAUCAGGUGCUCAAGGCGACCCUGGACUUUGCAGCGGACCCCUGGCCACAGGUGUCAGACUCGGCCAAGGACCUCGUCAAGCGCAUGCUGCACCCCGACCCCUCCCUUCGCAUCUCCUCUGCUGACGUGCUCCGCCACCCGUGGCUGUCUCACGAGAAGCAGUCUGACAAGCCGCUGGGAGAGGCGGUGCUGAAGCGAAUCAAGAACUUCUCUGCUGCGAACAAGAUGAAGAAGCUGGCGCUCAAGGUCAUCGCGUGCAACCUGAGCCGGGAGGAGAUCCUGGGGCUGAAGAAGCUGUUCAAGGGGAUGGACAAGGACAACAGCGGCAGCAUCACGUUUUCUGAGCUCAAGACCGGCAUGCAGAAGCUGGGGAAUCCCAUGUCGGAGGAGCAGCUGCAGCAGAUCAUGGAAGCGGCGGACAUGGACCACAGCGGCACCAUUGACUACACGGAGUUCAUCACAGCAACGAUGCAGAUGAACAAGGUGGAGAAGGAGGAGCACAUCUGGAAGGCCUUCCAGCACUUCGACCGCGACGGCAGCGGGUUCAUCACAGUUAGCGAGCUGAGGGACGCCCUGGCGAAUGAGGACAUGCUGGAGCCAGGGGAGCUGGAGCAGAUCAUUGAAGAGGUGGACACGGAUAAGAGCGGCACGAUUGACUACGAGGAGUUUGCAGCCAUGAUGAGGAAGCAAGACCAGGAUGUAGCCGGUGCGCAGAAGCAGAGGCGGACCCGUAGCAUUGGUGCUGACUACUACUGA